AUGGGUGAGGUAACAGCAGAGGAGGUAGAAAAAUUCUUGGACUCAAAUAUUGGCUUUGCCAAACAAUACUAUAAUUUUCACUACCGGGGGAAGGUCAUCUCAGACCUCCUUGGGGCCAAGGAAGCAGCGGUAGACUUCAGCAACUACCACACUGUGAAUAGCGUGGAGGAGAGUGAAAUCAUCUUUGACCUUCUGCGUGACUUUCAGGAGAAUUUACAGGCUGAGAAAUGCACAUUCAACGUCAUGAAGAAACUCUGCUUCCUCCUGCGGGCUGACCGCAUGAGUCUGUUCAUGUACAGGACCCGCAAUGGCAUUGCAGAGCUGGCCACCAGGCUCUUCAAUGUCCACAAGGAUGCCGUCCUGGAGGACUGCUUGGUGAUGCCGGACUCCGAGAUCGUCUUCCCUCUGGACAUGGGUGUCGUGGGCCAUGUCGCACACUCCAAAAAGAUUGCCAAUGUCCCUAACACAGAAGAGGAUGAACAUUUCUGUGACUUUGUGGACGAACUCACAGAGUAUCAGACCAAGAGCAUCCUGGCUUCCCCCAUCAUGAACGGGAAGGACGUGGUAGCCAUAAUCAUGGCUGUGAAUAAAAUAGACGGGCCCCACUUCACCAAGAGAGAUGAAGAGAUUCUUCUCAAGUACCUCAACUUUGUGAAUCUGAUCAUGAAGGUAUUCCACCUGAGUUACCUGCACAACUGUGAGACUCGGCGUGGCCAGAUAUUGCUGUGGUCUGGAAGCAAGGUCUUUGAAGAGCUCACGGAUAUAGAGAGACAGUUCCACAAAGCCCUGUAUACAGUCCGUGCUUUCCUCAACUGUGACAGAUACUCCGUAGGCCUCUUAGACAUGACCAAGCAGAAGGAAUUUUUUGAUGUGUGGCCAGUUCUGAUGGGUGAGGCUCCAGCCUACUCUGGUCCCAGGACUCCAGAUGGAAGGGAAAUUAACUUUUACAAGGUCAUUGACUACAUCCUGCAUGGCAAAGAAGACAUCAAAGUAAUCCCGAACCCACCUGCAGAUCACUGGGCUCUAGUGAGUGGUCUCCCCACUUAUGUGGCCCAAAACGGUCUGAUCUGCAAUAUAAUGAAUGCACCUGCAGAGGACUAUUUUGCAUUCCAGAAAGAGCCUCUGGAUGAGUCUGGAUGGAUGAUUAAAAACGUGCUUUCCAUGCCAAUCGUCAACAAGAAGGAAGAGAUCGUUGGUGUGGCCACGUUUUACAACCGCAAAGAUGGGAAGCCCUUUGACGACAUGGACGAGACCCUCAUGGAGUCUUUGACGCAGUUCCUGGGCUGGUCAGUCUUGAACCCUGACACCUACGAGUCCAUGAACAAACUUGAAAACAGGAAGGAUAUCUUCCAGGACAUCGUAAAAUACCACGUGAAGUGUGACAACGAGGAAAUCCAGAAGAUCCUGAAAACGAGAGAGGUGUAUGGGAAGGAGCCCUGGGAAUGCGAGGAGGAGGAGCUGGCUGAGAUCCUGCAAGGAGAGCUUCCAGAUGCUGAGAAAUAUGAAAUCAACAAGUUUCACUUCAGUGACCUGCCCCUCACGGAGCUUGAACUGGUGAAGUGCGGCAUACAGAUGUACUAUGAACUCAGAGUGGUGGACAAGUUCCACAUCCCGCAAGAGGCCCUGGUGCGCUUCAUGUACUCACUGAGCAAGGGCUACCGGAGGAUCACCUACCACAAUUGGCGGCAUGGCUUCAAUGUGGGGCAGACCAUGUUCUCCCUGCUGGUGACGGGAAAGCUGAAGCGAUACUUCACUGAUCUGGAGGCUUUGGCCAUGGUCACUGCUGCCUUCUGUCAUGACAUCGACCACAGAGGCACAAACAACCUCUACCAGAUGAAAUCACAGAACCCACUGGCCAAGCUCCAUGGGUCCUCCAUCUUGGAAAGGCAUCAUUUGGAGUUUGGCAAAACACUGCUGAGAGAUGAGAGCUUGAAUAUCUUUCAGAACCUGAACCGCCGGCAGCAUGAGCACGCAAUCCACAUGAUGGACAUCGCAAUCAUUGCCACAGACCUGGCCCUGUAUUUCAAGAAAAGGACAAUGUUUCAGAAGAUUGUGGAUCAGUCAAAGACAUAUGAGAGUGCCCAGGAGUGGACCCAGUACAUGAUGCUGGAGCAAACACGGAAGGAAAUUGUUAUGGCCAUGAUGAUGACAGCCUGUGACCUCUCAGCCAUCACCAAGCCCUGGGAGGUGCAAAGCAAGGUAGCUCUGCUGGUGGCUGCUGAGUUCUGGGAACAAGGUGACCUGGAGCGCACGGUGCUGCAGCAGAAUCCCAUUCCUAUGAUGGACAGAAACAAGGCAGAUGAGCUCCCCAAGCUUCAAGUUGGUUUCAUUGACUUUGUGUGCACCUUUGUCUAUAAGGAGUUCUCCCGUUUCCAUGAGGAAAUUACACCCAUGCUGGAUGGGAUAACCAACAACCGCAAGGAAUGGAAGGCGCUGGCCGACGAGUAUGAGGCCAAGGUGAAGGCGCUAGAGGAGGAGAAGCAGAAGCAGCAGGCAGCCAAGCAAGGUGCUUCCGGGAACCAGCCAGGAGGAAACCCCAGCCCAGGGGGCGCACCUGCAUCCAAGUCCUGUUGUAUCCAGUAGCUGAGGACACUGCUGGCAGGUGGCACAGCCCUCAGGAAGGAAGGGGUCACCCCGGCCAAUGGAAAGCCACAUAUCUUCUUGGAUGGUUAAAGAAUCCUUGAGAGCUGAUAGAAUACAGCAGGCGUCUAUAUCGUGAAGUGUUCUUGGACAUUGCUUUGUUGCGGUUUUGUUUUUUGUUUUGUUUUAGACAGGGGACUCACUGUGUAACCCUAGCUGUCCUGAAACAAGUUCUGUAGACCAGGCUGGCUUGAACUCACAGAGAUUUGCCUGCCUCUGCCUCCCAAGUGCUGGGAUUAAAGGCUUGUACCACCCACCAUGCCUAAUUUAGAGAUUGUUUUUAAUCCUGAAACAUCUAUUGAGUUUGGCCCAAUAUUCUAGACUUCAUAUACUGACUUACUUUAAUUAUUUUUGUUCUUAUAAUUCUUAUACGUUCUUAUAAUUUAGUGUUUUAUUAUGAAAGUUUUUGCUGAUUCAAAAGUAGAGAUCCAGAUUUGAACACCAAGCUUUGGUCAUAUUUGUUUCAUGGGUUUUUACAUUCAUUUUCAAUCUUCCCCUCUCCCUUCCCUCAUUUCUUUCUGGAUCCCACCAUGUAGUCCAGGCUUACUUUAAACUCUCAGGCUAGGAAGAGUAUCUGUGUUCAAUACCACCCGUGACUUAGCUGGCAGAUUUAAAGGCAAUUUCCACACAUAUCCCUUCAGUCUUCUAUAGUCUUUAGAGGAAGUAAGCAUCUUUAAAGGUCUCAUGACUUACCGGGCAUGGCAGCACACGUCUGUAAUCCCAGCACUAAGGAAAGGACAGGGAAGAUGGGGGAGUUUAAGAGGCCCUAGUCUAGACAGUGAGACCCUAUCUCAAGGGGAAAGUCACACAUCUUUCAAGAAAGAGAGCAUUUUCUAACACAACACUGUCACAUGGAGAGGGUGACCGUUUCAUGCCCAGUCGUGAACUAUGUACAUAAACGGAGGACUGAGGGCUUCAGCAAUUAGCUCUUCCUGGGGUUUCUUUGGUGGCAUUUUUCAAGGGAACCUAUGCCUGAGGAGGAAAAGCCUGGCCAUGUUGCCCAACAUGGGUCAACUGUGCAAGGCCAUUCUGGCUCCAGGUCCCUAGUGCAGUAGUUUGAUGGCAGCAGGAGCCAAGGGGCACCCUAUACGAGAAGUCAGUGGGAGGGCAGCCUCUGAGUGAGAGGGGAGGGGAGAAGGGCGGAGGGGUGAGAAGGGCUUCCCUUUUAUGAGGGGGCAUGGUGCAUGCACACAGGGAGUGUUCUACUUAGUGGCUGCAGCUGAUGAAGUGUCCUGUUAUGUCCCUAAGAGCAGGCCAGUGUAAAUGCCUGAAUGCUAACAUUUCUCCCUUUUGUUUUUUAUAAAAAGUUGAGGAAAUAGGAAGGGGUAGCAGCUGGGCAGCAGUGGCGCACGCCUUUAGUUCUAGUGCUCGGGAGGCAGAGGCGGGUGAAUCUCUGUGAGUUCGAGGCCAGCCUGGUCUACAAAGUAAAUGCCAGGGCAGGCUCCAAAGCUACACAGAGAAACCCUGUCUCAAAAAACCAAAAACCAAAACCAAAAAAAAAAAAAACAAAAAAAACAAAAAAGGAAGGGGUAGCAGGUGAGGCUGGAAUGAUGGUGCUGUGUUCUCGAGACUGCUUCCUGUUGUCCUGGGGUCAUCAGCAUCUUUUGGGGACCUGAGAAAGCUGGGAUGCUGGCCAUUCCUGGGAUAACUAGCUGUUUCACUCACUGCGUGGGCUCUGUAGGACCAUCCUAUGCUAGGAAAGCGCAGGUCUAGUUGAAGCAGUCUGUGAAGUUGGGCCACUUGGAGCUUGUCACUUUGAAGCUGUCCCAGAUGCAGAUUAAGGGAUUCCCAGACCUAGCAAGAUUCUGCAGAGCAGAAGAAGAAGUUAAAUUUAGGGGGAAUUUUUUUCUUAGGUCCUGAUAAUUGAGGGAGGGCAGUCCAAAAACCAGAGAAAGGUGGGUGAGAGCCCUCCCUCAGGAACAGGCAGGAAGUGGGGAAACUUAGGCUUUUGAUUGGCAGCACUUACCUGUAGUGCAUCUGACCUGUUCAGGGUAGAUCCAAGUUGAUUCCUUGGAGGACACAAGAAGUUUUUGAGUUUACAAAAAGAGAGAUAUUUUAGACACAUUAGCAUUCCCACUGUUGGCAAUCUAUACAGAAAUCCACAUUGUAGAAAAGGCAGUAGACUCACACCUUUGAGUCAUAGGGGACCCAAGAAUGACUCUGGUUAAAAAGCAUUAACACUCUUUCCUCUGUCCAGAAGACUGAGUGAAUAUAGGUUAGACAGAAGUUUUUAGCACAAUGAAAAGCACUUUUAAAUCUAUAGUUAGAAAACAAUCAAAGGGAAUUUAAAGUGCUAAGCUUGUGGCCAUGACAAUAGAAGUGGCUCUCUGCCAGAGCUAGAUUAAAUUGGAAUCCCACCGAUUAAUGUUAGGACUAUGAACUUUUGGAGUCUUACCAUAACAGUGGCAAAGAAAUCUGAGACGUGUUCCAUCGUUUUCUAUGCCCCAAACCACCUUCUUCUUAUCACCACUUAAGUUUUCAUAUCCUCACAUAAACAAACCUUAAAGCACCUUCUUUCUAUCCAGUUUACCAGGAGACACAGAUGUUUAUUACUGAGGGCAGUCAUUGUAGACCGAGUACCUUCCAAAUAAAGGGAUAGUAAAAGUUA